AUGGAAGAAGAGAUGGUGGAGAAUGUUGGUAAGACAGACAGAGAUCUCAGUUGUUCGAUUCUACAUGCACUUAGAUCAACAGAGAAAGAAGAAGAAGAACAUGUGCCAACCGAGGUGAGGAAGGAGGAACUCUUGAUCCUCUUUCUCGUUUCGGAGACUUGCCCUCAAGUAAAGAACAUACUACUUCUGGAUUCUGAAGGGAAGCGUGUAGCUGUCAAGUACUACUCAAAUGACUGGUUAACAAAUAGUGCAAAGUUGGCUUUUGAGAAAUCUGUCUUUACUAAAAUUCAAAAGACAAAUGCCCGAACUGAAGCGGAGAUUGCGAUGAUUGAUAGCUACAUUCUUAUCUACAAGUCAAUUCAAGACCUAUACUUUUUUGUCACUGGAGGUGACGAUGAGAGCGAGAUCAUCCUAGCAACAGUUCUUGAAGGAUUUAUUGAAGCAGUUACACUUCUCCUCAGGGAAAAUGUCAGUAAGAGGACUACACUUGAAAACUUGGAUCUCAUCUUCUGUUGUCUUGAUGAGAUGGUUGAUGGAGGUAUCAUUCUUGAAACUGAAGGAAGUAUCAUUGCAAGCAAAGUUUCAUCCAAUGGUCUGGAAUCUGCAACAACAUUCUCCGAACAGACUUUAAGUCAAGCACUAGCUACUGCACGGGAACAUUUAACAAGAUCUAUUCUUGGAUAA